AGAGGUCUACACCAGAACCAUUAUUUAGUCAUUACUUAUGAACCAUCCCUGCCGUAAUUUAAUAAAUGGAAGUUUUAUUUCAGUUUCUCCUUGCAAGGGACAACAAUUGCCGGCUUAUAAUUUGACUUCAAACUUGUCCUUGUUUUGCCCCAAUCACUAUUAAUACUGCCUGCUAAUAACACCAAAGAUAGAGGUCCAAGAGGGAGGUUGCAGCAAUAAUAUCAGCUAUGGAGGAUCCGAAGAGAAUGGAAGAAGGGUUAGGUCACACUGCACUCGUUGCUAAUAUAGAUGAUGAGAACAUCCAUUUAAGUGAGAAAGAAGGUAAAACUGAUGGUGGAGAUGACAAUGAAAAGGAAGAAAGGAGAGUGGUUCAUGAUCAUCAGGCUGAGCGUGAAGGAGACAGGCAGCCGGUGGUUAAGCAGAAGAGCAAGAGGGUUGCGACUUUGGAUGCAUUUAGAGGCCUUACUAUUGUACUGAUGAUACUGGUCGAUGAUGCCGGAGGAGUAUAUCCCCGCAUCGAUCAUUCGCCAUGGAAUGGAUGCACCUUGGCUGAUUUUGUGAUGCCAUUUUUCCUUUUCAUUGUCGGAGUUGCAAUAGCACUUGCUUUCAAGAGAAUUCCGAAGAGGAGAGAUGCAGUUAAGAAGAUAAUCCUAAGGACACUGAAGCUUCUGUUUUGGGGAGUUCUGUUGCAAGGAGGAUAUUCGCAUGCUCCUAGUGAUCUAGCUUAUGGAGUCGACAUGAAACUUAUUCGCUGGUUUGGCAUUCUUCAGAGGAUAGCGUUGGUGUACAUGGUUGUAGCUCUAAUAGAGGCUCUAAUCCCCAAGAAUAGACAAACCAUAGAGCCUGACCAUUUUACCAUUUUCACAGCAUACCGAUGGCAAUGGAUUGCGGGAUUCAUUUCCUUUGUCAUUUAUAUGGUCACAACCUUUGCACUUUAUGUUCCGGACUGGAGUUUCACCGUCGACGAAGACCAUGAACGACGCAGAUACACGGUUGAAUGUGGAAUGAGAGGGCAUUUAGGACCUGCAUGCAAUGCUGUUGGUUAUGUGGAUCGAGAAGUCUGGGGCAUUAAUCAUCUCUAUCAGUACCCAGUUUGGAGCCGCUUGAAGGCUUGCACUCUCAGCUCUCCAGGUUCUGGCCCAUUUCGGAAGGAUGCUCCUAGUUGGUGCCGUGCACCAUUUGAACCUGAAGGCUUGUUGAGUUCUAUCUCUGCUAUCCUCUCUGGCACCAUCGGCAUCCAUUACGGGCAUGUUCUGAUUCAUUUCAAGGGUCAUGCUGAAAGGCUCAGGCAAUGGGUCUCAAUGGGGGUUAUCUUACUGAUUGUAGCCAUCAUUCUUCAUUUCACUGAUGCUAUUCCUAUCAACAAACAGCUCUACAGCUUCAGCUACGUCUGUUUCACAGCUGGUGCUGCAGGAAUUGUAUUCUCUGGAUUCUAUGUACUGAUUGAUGUUUGGGGAUUGAGACCGCCAUUUUUAUUCCUAGAGUGGAUAGGAAUGAAUGCAAUGCUUGUAUAUGUGAUGGCAGCACAGGGUAUCUUUGAAGGUUUUAUUAAUGGAUGGUAUUACAAGUCUCCAGACAACACACUUGUCUAUUGGAUCCAAGAUCAUGUUUUCAACGAUGUAUGGCACUCAGAGAGGGUAGGAACCCUGUUGUAUGUGAUAUUUGCACAAAUCACAUUCUGGGCAGUUGUUUCAGGCGUCUUGCACAAAUUGGGCAUAUACUGGAAGCUCUGAGAAGCCGAAUUUACUUCUGGAAAUAGGAAGUUUGAUACACUUGUCAGAUUCACACAUGUAAUUCAAAUCUUCAAAGUUUGUUUGUUUAUGGUUUUUUUCCCAUUAAUAUUGUGCCAAAUUGGGUUUGUUUGAGUGAAAAUUGUAGCACUUUCAAUCUCCAA